AUGGCGACGUCGGCGUCCUUCCGUCAACAGAUGGCGUUAGCCCUCGUAUUGACAUUGGCGCUCAGCUUGUCCGUCCUCCCGUCGACGGUGGAAUCCUCCUGGUGGAGGCACUCGGUGGACGGCGACGUCUGCAGAGGGAUGAGCGACCCGGACCCGGAGUCCUGCCCCGUUUCCUGCCUCAUAUCCGACCCGGUCUGCGGCGCCGACGGCUACACCUACUGGUGCGGCUGCCAGGACGCGAUGUGCUCCGGGACCCACGUCGUCCGAUCCGGAGAGUGCUGA